AUGAUGAUGUUCAACAUGACCGUGAUCAAUACAAAUCCGUUGGAUAGGACGUGCAGCUAUGCGAUGUGGUUGUAUUCAUUGCGGAUCAUUCUUUUAACUUUUCGUGAAAAAACGGAAGAGCGGAUCAUUGUAAUAAUUUCCGAUGGAGAUGGAGACAGCUGUCCUUGGGACGACUACUACGAGAAAUGCCCUCGUCGUGUGCAGGAAAAUUUGCAAAAAUAUUCCCAGGCUAAAGAAGCAGCCUUGAUACACAUGGCUGGAAUUAGAGUGAUAUAUGCAGUGGUUGGAGAUCUAUACAAAACAUCUACCGGGGCUGCUGAAAGAGUGCAUAUUAUUGCAGGAGGCUCACAAAAUAUAGUGCCCGUAGCAAGUUUUACGAGCUUCGAUACCUCUGUUCUGGACAACAUGAUCAAAGUUAUAUGUACACCGUUGUCUUAA